AUGGCAUCCGUCCAGGAACCGUCCGCUUUCAAGAGCUUCGGAGCUCAUCAGCAUCCGAGCCUCGCCGCUUCUUUCGAUGUCACCCCCUAUCCGUCGACGUUCCUUUCGAUUCAUCCGCAGCUUCUGACCAAUUCGCACUUGUUGAACCUUAACAUUUAUAAUGUGAGUUUUCCUGCCAAGUAUCUGGGUAACCGAGUGGUUCCGAGAACUGAUAAUCCCUUUCUGCUUGAAUUCAAUCUUUGCAGCCGACCGCAUACGACCCAACCGAUAGACUCUUCGAGCAGAACAACAAUAACAGUGAAAAGGCAGAGGUGAGUGCCGACCCAUUCCCUUUGUUUCUUUAUCGAAACGUUUCUAAUCCUUUUAGUCAUGUUCCUCGCGCGACAGCAGCCAUGACUCCUCGUCGCCGACUUCGACCGGCGGCAGCAGUAACCGCGAUAACGUUAUCGUUCGCAACGAGUCAAAGAGAAAGAAGGUAGGAGAGACUCGAUCUUGCUCUCCAAAAGAAAUAGAAUGGUAUAGUUUCAGGGCCAGGUGAAAGACGAGGCCUAUUGGGAACGCCGACGGAAGAACAACGACGCGGCGAAGCGAAGUCGUGAUCAGCGCAGACAAAAAGAGGACGAAAUGGCGUGUCGGGCGGCGAAUCUGGAGCACGAGAACAUGCUUCUUCGCGUGGAGUUGGAUCAGUUGAGGGCCGAGACGGACAAACUGAGAACUCUGAUUCUGACAACGCCUUCCACGUCGAUAAGUGUAAGCCCUCUAAAACGUCAGGAUCCUCCAGGUGAUCUUCUCCUCUUCAGAUCCCCAUUCCCAUCCAUCCCACUGCACCCCUGCUCGCCGCCCAGCCUCCGACGUCUUCCGUCAUCACGACGAGUCAAAUAUUCGCCCCGCUUCCUUUGAAAAUCCCGACGACGCCGCCUCCGUCACUUCUCCGAAGGACAGUGCUAGUUAGCAACCCGUCGAAAACUUGA